GUUCACCGCGCCUCCGUCACUCAGAGCAGCAGCUGCUGUCGCUCCACAUCACAUCAGGAGGUAAGAGAACCAUCAGGAGGUGAGCCCGGGGCUCCACACUGAGUGCUAACCAUGCUGCGGCAGUCCGAGCCAAACUCCAGCACCCUGGAGCUGGUUGCUAAUGAUAUGACCGGCAUCAUGGAGAAUCUGGACACACGAGAGCUGGACUUGGCUGACGGAGAGUACGACACAACAGACUUAGCCGUUCCAUCCGAUCAUUUACCGUUCACCGCCGUCUACAACACGGUCCCUUUCAAGGAGUCUGGAGCUAAGGUGUACCUGUCCGCUCCGAUCACAGCCAAGAUCCUGGAGGUGGAGCGCUUCACGUCAUCUCAGGACCGCUUCAACAUCAGCGCGCAAAGGAGCGUCAGCAAGUCGAUGCCGGCGGUGUUUCAGAUCGAGUUGAAGCACAGGGAGUUCACGUGGCUAGUGAAGAGGAAGGAGAAACACUUCAUGGAGCUCCACAGAGAGCUGAGGACGUACAAGGCGUUCAUGAGGCUGCCGCUGCCCACACGCAGUCACACGGUGAAGAGGCAGACAGUAGCGAGUGGGGCGAGGCACAUGCCCAACCUCCCCCGAGGAAGGGAUGAGCUGGCCAGAGAUGAUCAGGUUUCCAGUCGGAAGAAACAACUGGAAGAUUACCUGAACAACCUGCUGAAGAUGCCGAUGUACAGAAACUACCAUGCAACAUUGGAGUUCAUCGACGUGAGCCAGCUUUCCUUUAUCCAUGAUCUGGGACCAAAAGGCUUAGAGGGGAUGGUGCUGAAGAGAUCCGGCGGUCAUCGAGUCCCCGGGAUGAACUGCUGCGGUCACAGUAAAAUGUGUUACCGCUGGUCCAAACGCUGGCUGGUGGUGAAGGACUCGUUCCUGCUCUACAUGAAGCCGGAUUCCGGUGCUAUCUCCUUUGUGAUGCUGGUGGACAAAGAGUUCAACAUCAUGAUGGACUCCAAAGACACAGAGACCAAACACGGGGUUCGCAUCGACAGUCUGUCCAGGUCACUAGUCCUGAAGUGCAGCAGCUACAGACACGCCCGCUGGUGGGGUCAGGCCAUCGAAGGCUUCGUUCAGAAGCACGGCUCGGCCUUCCUCACCGACCACCGCUUCGGAUCCUUCGCCAGAGAGGAAGUGAACAUCCCAGCUAAAUGGUAUGUGAACGGGAAGACGUACAUGGAAGACGUGGCCGAUGCCCUGGAAGAAGCUAAAGAGGAAAUAUUCAUCACAGACUGGUGGUUGAGUCCAGAGAUCUUCCUGAAGAGGCCGGUUGUUGAGGGAAACCGCUGGCGUCUGGACUGCAUCCUGAAACGCAAAGCGCAACAAGGAGUGCAUAUCUUCGUGAUGCUCUAUAAGGAGGUGGAGUUAGCUCUGGGCAUCAACUCUGGUUACAGCAAGAGAACUCUGCACCACCUUCACCCCAACAUCAAGGUGAUGCGCCAUCCAGACCACGUCUCCUCUGCCGUCUACCUGUGGGCUCAUCACGAGAAGAUCAUCAUCGUUGACCAAUCGGUGGCCUUCGUCGGCGGGAUUGACUUGGCGUACGGACGCUGGGACGACAGGGAACACCGGCUGACGGAUAUUGGGAGUGUGACGCGCUCACAUUUGGAACAGGCUGAAGCUGCCACUACCAACAUGGCCGCCCCCGCCAACGGCAGCGGUGCCCAGAGCAACGGGAAGGGUGUCUUUUCGGUGACGGACUCGGUGGACCAGCCCAAGCUGAAGGGUCAGGGGAGGAUUAAGAGGACCAGGUUCAGCAUCAGGAGACACCUCCAGAAACACGGUCUCGCCAGUCCUGACAGCGAUACCGACAGUGACCCAGAGGACGAAGCCAGAAGUGGCUCGGUGCGAAGCCUGCAAACCGGCGUGGGAGAGUUGUUUGGAAACACGCGGUUCUGGCACGGUAAAGACUACUGCAACUUUGUGCACAAGGACUGGAUCCAGCUGGACAAACCGUUCGACGAUUUCAUAGACAGACACACAACUCCCAGAAUGCCUUGGCACGACAUCAGCUCAGUGGUUCAUGGGAAAGCAGCUCGAGAUGUGGCCAGACACUUUAUCCAACGGUGGAAUUUCACAAAGCUGAUGAAGCCAAAGUACCGCUCCAUGUCGUACCCGUGUCUGCUGCCCAAGUCUCACACCACCGCCGGAGAGUCGAGAUACCAAGUCCCCGGGUGCACAACCGCCAAAGUACAGAUCCUUCGCUCAGCCUGUGACUGGUCCGCCGGCAUCAAGUACCACGAGGAGUCCAUCCACAACGCCUACGUCCACACCAUCCAGAACAGCCAACACUUCGUCUACAUAGAGAAUCAGUUCUUCAUCAGCUGUGCCGACAACCGACACGUUUUCAACAAGAUAGGAGACGCCAUCGCUGAGCGCAUCAAGAAGGCAUACAGGGAGGGUAAACGGUACCGGGUCUACGUGGUGACGCCUCUGCUGCCCGGCUUUGAAGGAGACAUCAACACUGGAGGAGGCAGCGCCAUUCAGGCUGUCAUGCACUUCAACUACAGGACGAUGAACAGAGGAGACCACUCCAUCAUCUCACAGCUGAAGAGAGAGAUGGGAGACCAGUGGAUUAACUACAUCUCCAUCGCCGGCCUGAGGACUCACGCCGAGCUGGAGGGGAAGCUGGUCAGCGAGCUCAUCUACGUCCACAGCAAGAUGCUCAUCGCGGACGACAACACCGUCAUCAUAGGCUCUGCAAACAUCAACGACAGGAGCAUGCUGGGAAAGAGAGACAGCGAGGUGGCGGUGAUCGUGGAGGACUCUGAGACGGUGACGGCGGUGAUGGACGGUCAGGAGUACCAGGCCGGGAAAUACGCUCUGCAGCUCCGCCUGGAGUGCUUCAAGACGAUUCUCGGCGGUCACACCGAUCCCUCCAUCGACGUAUCAGAUCCCAUCAGUGAUCGCUUCUACAAGGAGGUGUGGAUGGCUACCUGCGCUCGCAACGCCACCAUCUACCAGAAGGUGUUCCGUUGUCUGCCGUCCAGCGAUGUCCAUAACAUCUUUGAGCUGGAGGGCUUCCUCGCCAAGUCGGGUCUGGACAAAGAGGACCCAAGCCGGGCUCAGGAGGAGCUGAAGAAGAUCCGUGGCUUCCUGGUCCAGUUUCCACUCCAGUUCCUGUGCGAUCAGAAUCUGCUUCCUCCCAUCGGCUCCAAGGAGGCCAUGGUGCCCAUGGAGGUCUGGACCUGAGAGACACGGACUCGCCUGUGCAUUCAUGUGUUCACUCACCGUCCAUCAGAUCCACCCUGGAGCCGUUUUGGAAGUCCGUCCGCCCGCCGCUGUUUGAAGGAAAUCUGGCUCUAAAUGAACAAAGUGAAAGUAAAGCAGAAUCUGAUACGACCUCUCCGUGGGUCACAGUCACACGUCUGCACAAGGGUGUGUUUGACCCUGAAUGCGGCCUCUCAGGCAUCGUCCUGCAGGAGCUCCAACUCCUCCUCGACUGUUAGCUGGAACAAAACGAGCCAUAUAUAAAAACUGUAACUUUGAUGUUUGUGCAUUUAAAAAACAAAAUUCUCCUCCACCAAGUCUUUCAGGGAUCAAACACACACAGUUCUGAGAGUUCACUGCACAGUUCAUCGCCUUAUUCAGCAGCACCAGCGGCUGAAACGACUUCCAAAAUGGCGUCAGGUGUGUUCAUGAAGAAGCGUCUGUACCAGCAGUGCCACUGAACGCACAUGAAUAACAACACACAUGCUCCAAACCGACGAAACAUGGAGAGAUGAAGUCAUAACUGAUGCAUUCACAUUAUAGUUUUAAACACACACACACACACACACACACACACACACACACACACACACACACACACACACAGGUGGACCAGCAGAUGCAGUGCCUGAUCAAACCGGGCCUCAUGUUUACAAGAAGACUAAAAAGAAACCGUCUCGCUCCUUCGUUCUCUUCACAACACUAUGCAACGUCCGGGGCUGGCGAACGCAGCUCUGACUCUUCCGUGUUCGAGAGGACGGUUUGAAGGACACUAGAGGAGGAAGAGGAUGAAGAGCUGGACGGAGCUGUCGGCCAUUUUUUUUUUAAACGUUUGUCUCGUAUAUCUAUCUGAACUCCUGAUUUUAAUAUUUAUGUCCAACAUGAAAUCACAAGUGCCAAAGACGACCACAUGCAUUCAUUUACAUUCCUCACACCGCACCUGAAGUGACCUGUUUCUAAACUCUGAUCUGGUCUUUGUAGUUCCCUCGGUGGUGCUUUGUUCUGCUGUAGUUCUCUGAGACGUUGGGAAGGGAAAGUCAGAAAGUAUUUGAGACUUCAUUCUCCAAAGUGUGUCCAAGUAUCUCUUCCUUUCAGACUGCCAGGGAAUUAAAACAGUCGGGUAAAACGCUGCCGACGUCUUUUGAACUACAUUACCCAGAGGCUCAUGCAUGAUGGAUUUUAAAGAUGCUGCGUUUCUUACAAGGCUGGAAAAUUUGAAUUCUUGAGCAACAACAAAACGUACAAAAAGUGUGAUGUUUCUGUGAUCGGUUAGCGCCUGAAGAAGUGAAAAGGUAAAGGACGUCAGGUCGAUUAAGACCGUAUCGGAUACCAGCAGCUAACGUUCAAACAUCAGAAACCAAGCUGGUGAUGAUCUCUCUCCAGAUUUUAACGUCUGGAGGCGGGGAAGCUCACAGGAAGCUGUACGAUAUCAUGAAGCUUCCCAGCCUGUUGCACAUUUCAAGUUUAACUGAAUUAAUGUUGGAGCUAAACUGAAAUCCUGACACUUCAUCACCUUAUUGUGGUUUAUCGAACGAGGGCCUGUGUCCAUUAGCGGCUUCUUUGUGCUAGGAGAGCGCCUCUCAAGGUUAUAAAAGUUCAUAUUUGUGUCAUUCAGCAACAUUUUACAAAGAAGAUGUUAAAAAGAAAGUGAUACAAAUUGUGCUGAAACUGUAUCUUGAAAAAAAACGAGUGAGGUCAGUUUCUCCUGCUUACUGCUAUUGCCCUUGACAUAGUUGACUUCAUAAGUCCCGCCCCUUCUUGAUUCUGAUUGGCCGGUGAUGAUGAAGUGACAUUGAUGAGAGUGGCAGUGUUCCAAAUGUUGAACUGCUUUCAACUGAGAGCGCUGAUGCUAAUGAGGUGAAGCGUUGCAGGAAGUAGGUGCAGCGUUAGUGGACACAGGCCCUGAAGGCCAGCUUCCACCAGAUCCGUCUCCGGUCCGUCACGGCACCGGAUCUGAUAGAUUUCUAUUCUAAUCAAUCUGUUAACUUCCACUGGAUCCGCUCCGUUGUGUAAUCGUUAGAUCGAUUUUAACUUAACUAUGACAACAAAAUGUCAUUUAGAGCGGAGCCAGGCCUGGAGUCAACAGGUCAGAGGUUUUCAGAGGACCAGAAUGACAACAUGGAUGAGGAGAGGAGGAGGAGAAUCCUUGAAAACCUCGGUCACAUGACUCCAGCUGUCCGACGGUCCUUCUCCGUCGGACCACAGUGGAUCAGAGACGGACCGGACACGGAUCUGGUGGAAGUCCCGUGUAAGUCUGGUUUGUAGUCCUGCGUGAGUCCAGCUGAAGUCAAGCAGUCACUCUCUUUAAGCUCUGUUUUUGGUCUCCACCAACCACAGAGAUGAGAAUCAGGCUCUGCUGGAUUUGUCUGUCCUUUGUUUGCUGCUAGCCGUGUAGCUAACAGUAGGUUUUUAAAGCUUCUGUCGCUCGAACAAGACUGAUGCUAAUCAGAAACAGAAACUAAGGGCUCAAAGAGGCCAAAAGAGGCCGACACAUUUUGUAUCUUUGUAUUUAUCUCUACAUUACUCAGAGUUGUUUUGCAUUUGGCAAAUAUUUUGGUAAAUAUUACAUCUGCAGCGUUUGACCUAAGCUACUCUUUGCAACUUAAAGGUAACAGUUUGUUUCUGCUGCCCCCAUGUGGCCGGAAAAGUCAGAUAUUUCCUAACGCAGCACGCUUCAGUUUGGUUAUAUAAACGUAUUAAAAGUCCAAACUGAUGCGAGGUCAUCAGAUUUAAUAUUUUCAAAGUGUCUUUGUUGCGUUUCUUUCUUUAAAUUAAAUCAAAGCUCAAAGAUUUAUUUAACCUGAAUUUCAGAUUUUCCGACGUCCCUGAAACGCAGCAUCGCCUCCUCCUCCGCGUCUUCCUCUUUGGUCCGUGAAACGACGUGCAUGAUGAUGUUUUGUGCAAUAUGUUUGACCUUGAAGUGAUCUGUGCAGCAUGACAGCAGCUCUUUGCCAUGAAACAUUUACAGAUGAAAGCAUGAGUCCUGCGAGGUCGCCUUUAAAGCCAUGGACACGUUAUUGAUGCUAACUCUGUGCCUGUCUUUACGCUGAAACUUCUCUGCUGUUUAAUAUUUUUGGAUGAUGGGACCUUUUAUGUGCUCUUAUUUUAAAUCUUCUUCUCUACCUCCCUGUGUGUCUACCUCCAGCUCAGUCCAUCUUUUUAAUCUUAGUAUCAGGAACAUUUGCAGCUAGCUCAAGAAUAAACCACAUUAAGUGGAAGACAAACAGACUCCGUGGUGUGUUAGCUGUGCAUUUAAAAUAACACUUUUAACCCAACACUUCAGAAUAGUUGUUGUUUUAACAGUUUUAAAGCUAGUUUCUGUUAGCAGCACUGAAAUGAGUCACACAUGCAUUCAACCCGGUGUAAGCUGGCCUUGAAACAGUCGUAUGUGGCCUUGAUUUCCUCCAUCCUGGGCUGCAGAGGUAGAAAAACACCGACCUGUCCCGCUCUUGUUUCUGUGUCUCUGUAUGAAAAUGCACUAUUUGCACAGACUGUUAUUUUCUUGUUGUGACCUCCUAAAUGAUCUGCAGUAACACGUCAUGUGAUGCUUGUUUGUGUAACGAUGGAAUGAUUAAAUGAUGUAUUGAUAAAUUAUUAAAAGGAUCUAUCUUCUUCA